AUGCUGGCAUUACCCUUGGUAAACAAUGAAAGUAUCUUAUCUGUCAACACUACUGCCGUCAUUGGGUUUACUCUGUUGGCUGUAUUUGGGUUGACUUACCUAGCCAAACAUCUCUAUCGGAACUUCAGCACACCAAUCAAUCAGCUGCGCGGGCCCAACAGCCCCUCUUGGGUGUUCGGUCUGGAACAAGCUGUCGUAGACGCAGAGGGCGGUACUGCAGACGAAUAUGGUUGUACCUUCAAGUAUCCAUCCUUCGUGGAUAAAUGGGAACUGUGCACGUUGGAUCCCAAGGCUGUCUCGCAUUUGCUGUCCAACAAUGAUAUCUAUCCGAAGCCAGCGAUCCUCCGGAACGUUCUGAACUCCGUAUCAGGUCUUAUAAGUGCAGAAGGGGAGACGCAUAAGAGGCAGCGCAGAAUUCUAAAUCCGUCAUUCUCUCAGGUACAGCUCAGGGAAGUCACACCAGUCUUCUUUGAGAAAGCCACAGAGCUCCGCGAUAUUUGGCAAGCUCAGAUACUGGCGGCUUCCAAUCCGGCAGAAGGACAGAAGCUGGAUGUGUAUCAGUGGCUUAGCCGUGCCACAUUAGACACCAUUGGUGUGGCAGGAUUUGGGUACGACUUUGAGUCUCUCUUUCAUGAUAAGAACGAGCUCGCUUUUGCCGUCCGCGAAUUAUUCCGCACACAGAUGGAAAAUCGAUGGCUAAAUAUGAUCCGAUUGUUUUUCCCAAUAUUGCGCCUAUUCUUGCCUGAACCGGAUCUCCAAGUCAGGAAGCGGAGCAUGCAAACAAUGCGUCGCGUUGGGAUGGAACUUAUCCAAAAGAAGAAGGCUGAGGUAGCCAGAUCGAAGGUGGGCGAAAAGGAAACUUCUGGUACAGUUGUCGGGGGCCGUGACAUCCUGAGCGCUCUCAUUCGUGCAAACAUGGCGAGCGACGUGUUACCUACACACAGGCUUACGGAUGAAGAAGUCUUAUCACAGAUCACGACGUUUCUCCUCGCUGGUCAUGAGAUCACGGGCAAUUCGUUGACAUGGUCGCUGCUAAUGUUUGCACAGCAUACGAGAAUUCAGACAAAGCUUAGAGAAGAGCUCCUUGCCGUCGCUGAAGGUCUCCCGUCCAUGGAGGAUCUCAAUUCACUCCCUUACCUGGAUCUUUGUAUAAGAGAGCUUCUCUGUCUUCAAGGGCCGGUUCGAGACACUGUCCGCGUCGCUACGCAGGAUGACAAUAUCCCCCUUCAAUAUCCGGUCAUCGACAGACACGGUAAUACACUAGAUGCUGUCAGGUUUAAGGCCGGCGAUGUCAUUCUCAUCCCUAUUCUCGCUAUUGACAAGUCUGAGCGGUUGUGGGGUCCGACUGCUCUCGAGUUUAGGCCUGAGCGUUUCCAGAGUGCGCCUGAAGCCGCAACCGCAAUCCCAGGUGUAUAUUCCCACAUUCUGACGUUCACCGGAGGGCCAAGAGCGUGCAUCCGAUAUCGCUUUUCGAUCAUCGAAGUGAAAGCCUUCCUCUUUAUCCUUCUGCGAUCUUUUAUAUUUGAGCUCCCAGCGUGUGAUAUGGAAAUCGUGAAGAAGACGGUUAUGGUUACCCGACCGUUGAUUAAAGGGGAAGAGGAGAAAGGCGCUCAGCUCCCUCUUCUUAUCCGGCCAAUUGCAUAG